AUGCAAUCUUAAUCAAUAGGAGAAGUAUUUAGAUUUAAAUAAUUUAGGAUUGUUUGGAACUGUUUGAUGCUAACAUUUAUGGUGAUGGGCAAACAAGAAACUAUGGAUCAUGUUAUAAACCACCCACCUAUGAAGAAAUCGAAUAAGAAAGCAAGUUAAAAAAUAUUAAAUUGAUACCAAAUGAUAAAGAAAAAUUCUUUGAACUCAUACUUAAAGAACAAGUAAUAAAUAAAUUUAAUAUAAUUAGUAAGUAAGAUUGGAUAAGAAUGUUCAAGAUUUGUAUGGAUAACUUAAUUAUUCAGGAGUAGUUGAAGAAUUAAUUCAUGCAGAAAUAUUUAAACAUUUUGGAUAUGAUGAUUGUCCUUUAAAUAAUAAAUUAUAUUAUGCUUUGACUAGAAAAUACAUCAAUGAUCCAGAAUUGAAGAAAUAAGUAUUCUUUUGGAGAAAUAAUGUAAUGCAUGGAUGUAGAAUUGGUUUAAAUGAAUAACCACCUGAAAUUCAAUUAUUGAAUUUAGAAUAAUAGAAAGUUUGUUUAUAAGAUUUAAUGCUAAAUUGUCAUAAAGAAAAUAGACUUCUUGUUGUUUUUGCUGGCAGUAUUACAUGACCUCCUUAUCGU